AUGGAGGGCUGCCUGGGGGCGGAAUCCUUCCAGAUGUGGGAGCUCAACCGCCGCCUGGAGGCCUACCUGGCCCGGGUGAAGGCGCUGGAGGAGCAGCAUGAGCUGCUCAGCGCCGAGCUCGUGGGCCUCCGCGCGCGCGCCGGGGACGCCUCGUGGCGGGCCCGCGCCGACGGCGAGCUGGCGGCGCUGCGGGCCCUCGUGGACCAGCGCUGGCGGGAGAGGCACGCGGCCGAGGUGGCGCGCGACGGGCUGGCGCGGGAGGCGGAGGGCGCGGCGGGCCGGUGCCGGCAGCAGCGCCGGGCCCGCGAGCGGGCGGCCGAGGAGCUGGCCCGCAGCCGGCGCGCGGCGGAGGCGGAGGAGGGCGCGCGGGCCUGGCUGAGCGGCCGGGCGGCCGCGCUGGAGCGCGAGCUGGAGGCCCUGCGCGCCGAGCACGAGGAGGAGCGCGCGGGCCUGGCCGUGCCCACGGCGGCCGCCGCCGGGCCCCCGCGCCCGCCCCGCGCGCCCCCGGCGGCGCCCGGCCCCGAGGUGGAGGAGCUGGCGCGGCUGCUGGGCGAGGCGUGGCGCGGGGCCGUGCGCGGCUACCAGGAGCGCGUGGAGCGCAUGGAGGCGGCGCUGGGCGAGGCCCGCCAGAGGCUGGGGCACGCGGUGCAGGGCGCCCGCCGGGGGCACCUGGAGCUGCAGCAGCUGCAGGCCGAGCGCGGCGGCCUCCAGGAGCGCAGGGCAGCCCUGGAGCAGAGGCUGGAGGGCCGUUGGCAGGAGCAACUGAGGGCCGCUGAGAAGUUCCAGCUGGCCGUGGAGGCCCUGGAGCAGGAGAAAAAGGACCUACAGAGUCAGAUUGCCCAGGUCCUGGAAGGUCGGCAGCAGCUGGCAAGCCUCAAGAUGUCCCUCAGCCUGGAGGUGGCCACGUACAGGACCCUCCUAGAGGCUGAGAACUCCCGACUGCAGAUGCCUGGCGGCGGGUCCAAGGCUUCCUUCAGCUUCCAGGACCCCAAGCUGGAGCUUCAUUUUCCUGGUACUCCAGAGGGCCAGCGUCUGGGACCUCUGCUCUCUGUCCUCAGCCCUACUCCCCUCUCCUUGCCCUUACCUGACACUCUUCAGACACCUGUUCCAGCCUUUCUGAAGAGCCAGGAAUUCCUCCAGGCUCGCACCCCCACCUUGGCCAGCACCCCUCUUCCGCCCCCAGCUCAGGCUCCCUGCCCUGCGACAGAUGGAGAGAUCAGGGCCCAGGAUGCCCCUCUCUCUGUGCUCCAGCCAGAGGUUGGGCAGCAACCGUCUCCACAGGCCAUGAGGGCUGAAGCCAAUGUAGCCAUCCCUGCCAGCAUCCUGCCAGGACCAGAGCAGCCUGGGGGCCAGCAGCUAAAGGCCAGUACAGGCCAGUCCCCUGAGGACCAUGCCUCCUUGGCCCCACUCCUCAGCCCUGACCACCCCAGUUUAGAGGGCAAAGAUGGAGAACCCAGUAAGACUAGAGCGUCCGGCCAAUUUCAGAAGGAAGAUGAAGGGGAACUGGCAGAGAAAGAAAUAGCCAUAGAGGUCAAAGUGGUAACCAGCCCGCAGCAGCAAACACAGCAAGAAGAGGGGGAUCUGAACAGGAAGGAAAUCCAGGGCUCCCAGGGUCCUUUGGAAAAAGAAACUCUGAAGUCUCUGGAAGAGGAGGGUCAAGAGCCACUGAUGUUUCUGGAAAAACAGAGCCAAGAGACACUGAGACCUCUAGGGAAGGAGAAUCAAGAGCUAUUGACGUCUUUAGCAGAAAAGGACAUGGAGGUAGUGGGAGCUCUAGAAAAAGAGACUCCAGAACUAUUUAAGCCUGCAGAAAAAGAGGACCUGCCGACAUCGCAAUCUCUCGAAGAAGAGAAUCAAGAACUAGUGAGGUCUCUUGGAGAUAAUCUAGAGACAUUUUUAUAUCCAGGGAAGGGAAAUCAAGAAUUAGUGCAGUCUCUGGAAGAGGAGGACUUUGAGUUCUUGAGCACUCUAGAAAAACAGAAUCAAGAACCACCAAUGUCUGUAGGAGAACAGGACCAGAAAACACUGAGGACUCUAGGAAACGAAAAUCCUGAGUCUCUGGGGUCUCUAGAAGAGAAUCAAGAGUCCCUGAGUUCUCUAGAGAAGGAGAACCAGGAGCCACGGAGGCCUCUAGAAGGAGAGGACCAGGAGACACCGAUACCUCUAGCAAAGGAGACUCAACAGCCACCGGAGUCUCCAGGGGAAGAAGACCAAAUGACAUUGAGAUGUUUGGAAGAGGUGGAACCAGAGCCACUGAAGCCUCUUGGAAAAGACCAGGGGAUAGUUAGACCUCUUGAAAAAGAGAAUCAAGAGUUAUUCAGAUCCCUAAACGAAGAGCGUGUAGAGGCAGUAAGAUGUUUAGAAACAGAGAAUCUAGAACCGCUAACGUCUGCAGGAGAAGAUCUGGAAACAGUAAAGUCUGCAGAAAUUCAAGGGCCAUUGUGGUCACCGGAAGAAAUGAACCGUGAGACCACGAAACCUCUAGAAAAGGAAAUCCGAGAAUCGCUGGGGUCUGUGGAAGAGAGCCAGGAGUCAGUGAAGUCCCCAGGAAAGGAGAACCAAGAACCAUUGAGACCCCUGGGAGAAUGGGACCUAGAAAAUGUGAGAUCUCUGGAAGAGGUAGGCAAGGAAAGUCAAAAGUAUCUGGAAGAGGAAGAGAACUUGGAGAAGGGAGAGAAUCAAGAGUCGCUGAGGUCUCUGGAAGAGGAGGGACAGGAGCUGCUGCUGUCGGCAGAUCAGCAAAGGUGGAAAGAUACGGUGAUGGGGGUCCAUGAACUGGAUCAGGAAACGCCCUCUGGGAGGGCAGAGGCGGACGAUGAGGAUGAGGCAGAGCUGGAGCUGAGGGAAUGUGAUGGGAAGGAGGGAUCUGCAGACGAGGGAGAACGGCAGUUGCCUGUCGAAGGAGGAGCCUGGAGCACAGGUGAGGGGCACCCAGGGAGCCCUGAGCCCAAGGAGCAGAGGGCUCCGGCUGAGGGCACCAGUGGGGAGGGGGUUGCUGAGGGCCUUCAGAAACCUGAAGGGCAGCCAGAGACCGCGGGGGCCCAAGGCCUCCACGCUCCCUGGGGAGUGUCAGAGGUGAUAGAGCCAGGAUUGGAAAAUGAGAAUAAGGUCCCAGGGGGUGGCCGAGCCUCCCCAGAGGUCUCCUUGGGGUUGGAGGCAGCCAUGGGUGAGUCUGCUUCAGGAGCUGAGCAGGGACUGGAGCAGAAGAUGGUAGGGUUGGAGGACCCAGGCCACCUGGCCAGAGAGGAGGUGAUGGAGCCAGUCCCGGGGGGAGAAAGUUUGGAGGCGAAGAGCGUGCAGGGCUUGGAAGGGCCUGAGAAGGAUCUAGAGGAGGCAGCUGCUCCGGAGCCAGAGCUUUCCGUGCUGCCCAGAAAGAGCAGCGACUCCCUGGAGUCUCCUGGGGCUGGGGAGGAGUUGGAGCCUGAGGUCCCCUCGGGAGAAGAUGAGGUGCUCCCCACUGAGACCUUGUGCCACGAUGCAAGUGAUACCCCUCAACCCAGGCUCCUGGGGCCAGAGGAAGCUGAGGAGGAUGCGGAGCCAGUACUAGGGUCGUCCAGCCCAAGGCCCACUGAGCCCUCGUCACUCACCCCAAUCCCUGAAGCUGCCCCUGGGCCCCAGCCCCUAGCAGAGGGGAACCAGGAGGCGGGCUGGGGGCUGGAGGGCAGGGCUGAGGCCCUGGAAAAGGUGGAGGGUGGGAAGGAGGAGUUGGGUCCUGGGGGACUCCCCGAGGGCCUCCAAGAUGAGGAGGAAGAGAGCAGAGAUGAGAGCGAGGCUGAUGAGCUGGGGGAGACCCUUCCUGACUCCACGCCCCUGGCCCUGUACCUCAGCUCCCCUGCCUCGUCCCAGUGGGAGCUAGCUGCAGGGCAGAGGCCCUCGCCCCAAGGGGAGGCCAGAAAGGAGGGAUGUGACUUUGCUGUCCUGACCCCUGAGGGCGAUGGGGCCCACUCAGAGGAGGAAGAGGAGGAGAAGGAGGAGGAGGAGGAAGAAGAGGAGGAGGAAGAAGAAGGAAAGGAGGGGGAAGAGGAGGAGGAGGAGGAAAGGGGAGAUGAAGAGGAGGGAGGGGGAGAUGAGGAGGAGGAAUGUGGCCAGGACUCUGACCUGUCAGAGGAAUUUGAGGACAAUGUGGGGACUGAGGCUUCUGUCCUUCUUGGGAACCCCGGGGAAUUGAUGGAACCUUUGGGCCAGGUGCCCCAGGUGCCCCUGGAGCCUGCAGCCUGGGGUCAGGAUGGGGAGUCUGAUGGGUUUGCAGAUGAGGAAGAGAGUGGGGAGGAUGGAGAGGAGGGGGAGGAAGAGGAGCAGAAGGAGCCAGCGGGCGGGCAGUGGGGGCCAGGGCCCUCAGUGGACAGCCUUCCUGCCAUGAGCAGCCCUCAGAGGGAGAACCUCCUGGGGUCUGAGGCUGUGGAUGCCAGCAUCCCCUGGGAUGAUGGCUUGAGGGGUGCAGCCGCUGACCCCCCUAUGACUGCCCAGGAGACUGAGUCCCCAGACAGCACGGAGCCCUCUGGCUCCGAGGAGGAGUCUGAGGAUGCUCCCUCGGAGGGGGAGGACCAAGGUCCAGGCCCUCUGGGGACCCUCAGCGGAACGGAGGAGGACUCCCCUGGAGUCAAUGGCCAAGGCCCCAGCUUGAAGGAUGAGUUGGAGCAUGUGAAUGGGGGGCUGGUGAAUGGGGUGGGGCAGUCUGACGGAGCAGGGCAGGGAAAACGGGGGGCCCUUGAGGGGGACCAAGGGGAGCCUUUGGAGGAGGAGGAGGGGAGUGCCCUGAAGGCCUCGUGGGCAGGGCCUUCUCUUCAUCUGGACCCGGGCCAGUUCCUGAAGUUCACGCAGAGGGAAGGCGAAGGGGACUCCUGGUCCUCGGGGGAAGACUAG